AUGGGAACCUUGAGAUUGCCAUUUUGUUUAUCUAUGAAGCUAUUAUCUUGGAACAUUAGGGGUUUGGGUAAAUCUGAGAAGAAGGGAAGAAUUAAAAGACUGCUAAAGGACAAGCAUGUUGAUAUUGUUUUUUUCCAAGAAACCAAGCAAGCUGUGGACUCUGAAAAUGUUGCUAGAAAACUUUGGGGGUGCAGAAAUAUGGAAUUCAUGUCUGUGGAUCCUGUAGGCUCUACUGGUGGACUUCUAUGCAUAUGGGACCCUUCAGUGUUCCAAUUAUCUGGCUGCUGCUGCAAUAGGAGGUAUAUAUUACUUUCUGGCUCUUUGUAUAAUUCCUUUGAUUGUGUUUUGAUAAACAUAUAUGCACCAAAUAACCCCUCUGCUAGAUCAUCUUUUUGGGCGGGUAUAGUCAAGCUUAAGGAUCACUUUCCUGCACCUUGGUGCAUGGGUGGAGACUUCAAUGAAAUUAGACAUGUAGGUGAGAGGGUUGGCUGCUCCAGGAGAGACAUGGGGAUGAAACAUUUUAAUGAGUUUAUUGAGAAAUGUGAGCUCCAAGACUUACCUCUUCAUGGUAGGAAAUACACUCGGUGCAAUGCCCAGGAAGCUGAGAAAUGGAGCCGCAUAGACAGAGUACUCCUCAGCCCAGAAUGGUUGAUUAGCUUCAGAAUGAAGUUAUGGGGCCUGCCUCGACUAGUUUCUGAUCACUGUCCUCUACUGUUGAUGGAAGACGAAAGAGACUGGGGUCCCAAGCCUUUCAAGUUUCUCAAUGCCUGGACUCUCCAUCCAAGUUUCUCUAAGUUCUUUGUUAACAUUUGGAGCAGCACCUCUAUCACAGGGUGGGCCGGAUUCAGAAUUGUUCAAAAAUUAAAGCAGCUAAAGACAGAGUUAAAAAAAUGGAAUGUUGAAGUGUUUGGACAUGUCACAUCCAAACUCAAGGCUUUAGAGGCGGAAUUGCAUACAUUAGACAUCUUAGCAGAGGAUGGACUCUUGGAUGAUUCUGGGAGAUCAAGAAGAAGAGUGGUCAGAGGUGAAAUGUGGCAUUUGCUCAGAAUGGUGGAGUGGAUUUGGCACCAAAAAUCCAGAUUGAACUGGACUCUAAAUGGGGAUAAGAAUACUAGAUUCUUCCAUGUUUUUGCUAAUACCAGACAGAGUAGAAACAUGAUCAGCUCUAUAGUAGUUAACGACGUGUCUUAUGAGGAUCCUAGCAGGGUUCAAUUAAAGGUCUACCAACACUUCAAGAAGUUGUUUGCUGAGGAUUGGGUCAAAAGACCCGUCUUGGGAGGGACAUUCAACACCAUUGAGGCAGACUAUGUUUCUCAUCAUCUUGUUGUAGAAUUCAGUGAAGCUGAGGUGUUGGCUGCAAUUAAGGAUUGUAAUAAUAACAAAGCCCCAAGCCCCGAUGGUUUCAAUCUGUUGUGUUAUCAGAAAUUUUGGAAGACUAUGAAGCCUGAGAUCAUGCAAUUCUUUGCAGACUUCCACACAAAUAGCAAACUGACUUGUGGGAUUAAUAGUACUUUCAUUAGUUUAAUUCCUAAGUUGGAAAAUCCCUCCGGCCUAUCUGAUUACAGACCCAUUAGUCUUGUAAGCUCCCUGUACAAAAUUUUGGCAAAAGUGUUAACACAUAGACUGAAGCCAGCUCUAUCCUCAAUUAUUGGUGAAACUCAAACUGCUUUCAUAGGUGGAAGAAACAUCCUUGAUAGGGUUGGUGGAAGAAACAUCCUUGAUGGGGUGUUCAUUGCCAAUGAAGUGGUAGAUGGUUGGAAGAAGACCAACAACAAUGGUUUGAUCUUAAAGCUAGACUUUGAAAAAGCUUUUGAUUCGGUUAACUGGGAAUUCUUAGGUGUUCAUGUCGGAUCCAAAGAUGUCCUCUUGUCUCACCUACAAUUUGCAGAUGACUCAAUUCUUUUUUCUGAGGCAGAUUGGGAUCAAAUGGUACUUAUCAAAAGAAUCCUUAGGUGCUUUGAAAUUCUAUCUGGGCUCAGAAUUAAUUACCACAAAAGCGUGGUGUGUGGUGUCGGUGUGUCUGAUACUUUAUUGCUCUCCUUUGCACAUCUUCUUAACUGUAAAGUCCAUUGCCUUCCCUUGAAAUUUCUGGGACUGCCUCUAGGUGCCAAUCCUGGUAAAAAAUCUACCUGGAAGCCCGUGAUUGACAAGAUCAGAUCUAAACUCUCAGGGUGGAAGAGGAAACUGCUAUCUUUUGCAGGUAGAUUAACCCUAAUCAAGUCUACUCUAUCUAGUUUACCAGUUAACUUUCUUUCUCUGUUUAAGAUGCCAGAAGGUGUGGCAAGAGAAUUCGAAAAGAUUGAGGCAGCUUUUUUAUGGGACAGUAAUGAUCUUAAAAGGAAAGUGCAUUUAGUGAAAUGGGGGGAGGUAACCAAAAGCUUGGACCAAGGGGGCCUGGGUAUCAGAAGAAUAAGAGAUAUGAAUGCUUGUCUAUUGCUCAAAUGGUGGUGGAAAUUUGGAACUCAAGUAAACUUUCUUUGGAGGAAAGCUAUAUGUAGCAAAUACAAUAUUGAUGAGGCUAGUUGGCAUCCACCUUUAAAGUCCUCCUACAAACAUUCUAGAGUUUGGAAGGACAUAUUAUCUAUUGGGAUUCAUAGCACAAAUAUUUACAAUCUCUAUAUAGAUAACUGCCAAAUCCUAGUGGGGGAUGGGAGUAGGAUUAAAUUUUGGCAUGACAGAUGGUGUGGCAGCUCUAGUCUCAAGUCUACUUUUCUCCUUCUCUUUAAUCUCUCAACAGAUAAAGAAGGCUCUCUACAACAAUUCAUGGCAAGAAAAUCUAGCCCAAACAAUUGGAAUUUUCCCACUAGAAGAGUGCUUUUCAGUUGGGAAUUGGAACAAGAAGCUAACUUACUUGGUCUACUAUCUUCAGCUCCAUCUCUGUCAAUCGGCAGAGCUGAUCAUCUUAGCUGGGCUUCUGCACCUGCAAGUCCUGGUGUAUUUUCCGUGUCCUUUCUCUACUCUGCCUCUAACUCUAGCCAAGGGCCUCAUUUUAACAUUUGCAAGCAUAUUUGGAAUGGGGCAGUCCCCCCUAAGGUUUCAUUCUUUACUUGGCUGGCCUGGAAAAACAAAAUCAAGACGGCAGUGUUUAUGCACAGAAUUGGCAUCUUAGAUGCUUCUGCUUCUCUCAUCUGCCCAUUUUGUCGUUCUGAACCUGAAUCUGCUGUCCAUAUCUUGCUACAUUGCCCAUUUUCUUGGUUGAUUUGGUCAUCUAUAAUUAAUGAGUGGGGAUUCUCUUGGUGCAUUCAAGGAUCAGUGGAUGAUCUCCUCCAAUGGUGGAUGACUGUCAAGCUCAAAAAAUUUGAUAGAGGCUCAACCUAG